UUGUAGGAUGUAGAAUAUAGUUUCCUCUUCCUCAGUUAGUUCCUUUCUAUUAUGAUCAGUGAUAGGUUGAUGAUAACUGCUAAGUUAUUGCCCCAAUUUUCAUAAGAUUAAAUGGUAGACUGUGGUUUCAGUCCCACUCUAAAGGUUUUAUUUUUGGUUCAGAAUGUGUGAAUAAACUAUUGUUAGUGUAGAAUCACCAUCAUCCAAUCAUUACAGUUAAGACCAACCUGAAACUUCCUGGCAGUUAAUGUCAAAAAUGUGCUAGGGUUGAAAAGUGGGGGAUUUCAGGAUAAUCAGGAUAAUCAGGAUCUUUUGCAUUGAAGUAGUCUAGCAGGGAAAGCUCAGUUUCCCUGAUUCUGAAGCAUGAUAUUAAUGCAGCUUCAAAAAUGAGAUGAGGUAUGUGUGCUCAGCCUCCUGAUCCGGAGUUGAAAUGCAUUAUAAAAAGCAGCUCUCCAGUCAUGCUGGAGUGAGCCGAAGCGUUGCUAUCGUGACUGCCUAUUUAAUGAAAACUAAUAACCUUUCUUUUCAAGAGGCCUAUGCCUUUGUCCAGGCCAUCAAACCUGAUGCUAAGAUGAAUGAAGGCUUUGAGUGGCAACUGAAACUCUAUGAAAAAAUGGGCUGUAAGGUUGAUGUAAACAGUACUAUUUAUAAGCAGUAUCGUUUGAAAAAUAUUACAGAGAACUGUCCAGAGAUGGAAGACCUGCCUGGUAAUGUCUUCGCAGUUGAUCCAAACACAGCACAUCAAAUUCCAAAUCACGACAUUCUUUACAGGUGUAGGAAAUGCAGGCGUCUGCUGUUUCGAAGUUCAAGCAUUUUGCCCCAUGAUGAAGGCAAAGGACCUGCAGCAUUUGCUCACAAAAAAGUUUCAGAGCCUGGACCUUUUGGCCGUGCAGGUCAAACAAACUGUACUUCUUACUUUAUUGAGCCAGUACAGUGGAUGGAGGCAGCACUGUUAGGAGUGUUGGAAGGACAGCUCCUGUGUCCAAAAUGUACAUCAAAGUUGGGCUCGUUUCACUGGCAUGGUGAGCAGUGUUCCUGUGGCCAUUGGGUGACUCCUGCCUUCCAGAUUCACAAGAAUCGUGUUGAUGAAGUGAAAAGAUUGCCCAUUGGGGAGCUGCAGACUGUGAGAAAGUGAACUUGGUUUGUAUUAGGGCAACUCCGUAUAACUGGCACACAGACACCUACUUUAAUUAAUGCUGUAAGAAUCGGUGGCCUUACGCAGUAUUUUUCUUUUAAUUUUACAAUAAUAGUAGGCAAAAUAUACAGCAGAGCUAAUUGGACACACAGUGGAACAUUUCUUGAAAUGGUUUUAAUUUCUUCAAACUAAACAGUAAAGUAAUGUGUGGUCACACUAGGGCAUAUUUGCACAGCAUGACUGCACAACAUAUUUGCACAACAUGACUGCAAAUGUCUCCAGAGGGUCUUCCUUCUGAACAAUUCAGCUGCGUUGUCUAUGUGAACUGUAUUUUCCCAAUAAAAAUAUUCCUGAAA